AUGGCACCAUCAAAUUCAAACCCGCCUUCUCUACCUCCUACGGUAGAGGAAGCUUACCGACGGAAAUGCAUACAAUUGAAGCAGAGAUCAAAGGAGAUCGAAGACGAGAACAAUGCGUAUAAGUUGCGCCUCACGCGCCUCGAACGCCAGAUCCAGAAAGCUCGUCUUGAGCGCGCAUUCCUCUUGGAGCAAAUCGCAAAGCGUACAAGCACAAACGUGGAAGACUCCGAGGGUAGCCCGAGCCCUCCGCCUACGCCAGAGGACAAGCCCAUGCGUGUCAAGAGGGGACACAAGUCGUCUCUAUUGGCAUCGGAACUCGCCUCUUCCGGACCAACCUUCAUAAACGACAACCCGCGCCCCUUCUCGCCCAUGUCAGAGUCCUUCUCGCAGGACCAAUAUGCCCAGAAUGGACUUGCACCCAAGCCGCCGAAGCGCCCCAGCAAUGGCUUUGAAAUUUACUGCAACGAUACCCGGCCUAAACUUCAGCAGGAGCACAAGGACGAGAUUGCCAAUGGCGAAUACCAGUUGGAGCAAGAGCUAGCUAAAGGCUGGAAGGACCUUACCACUGAUGAGCAAGGUGUUUAUCAGAAGCGAUAUGAAGAGGCUUUGAAGCAGUGGAAGGAGGAGCGUGAUGCCUAUCGCCGCAGCGUCAAGAAUGCCUCAAAGGCUGGACGGAAUGGUUACGAUCGUCACUAUGGUUCGAGUAGGCGUGGCCGCGCCUCUGGUGCAGCUGCCAGAAACCGCUCUCAUGUAACACAACCAGACGACGAGGAUGUUAGUGUCGUCGAGGACCAGGGCGACGAGCAGGACAUCGAGAUGGGUGACGCGGAUCAGGCCGACGAGGACGUUGAUCCAGGCGCUUCUGAUCCCGAGACGGAGGCCGAGGACGAAGACCAGGACCGUGACCAGUCAGAUUAG